CUUAAACAAGAAGUGAGAUUAGAAACUCAACACUGAUUGUGGCGCUUUGCUGUUUCCUUUUGGCUGGGGCUUUCAUCAGAUCAAGAGAGCACGAUUAGUUAAAAGAGAGAGAUGGCAAGUCAAGAACCAGUAAAGCAACUUGAGGAUUGCUCUGUCUCCAAUGCAUUGGGUACAUGGGUAUUCUCAGUAGCCGGAGCUUUGCUUGCAAUUCCAGUAGGGAUAAAACGGAAAUCUUUGGCACCCCUUGUAUUUUUUGGCACAACUGGGACAAUGCUUGAUAUUAUCAUGGGAAUCACAGCUUGCGAAAGAGAACAUGCAGAACGCCAAAUGAAACUAUUGGAAGCCCAAAAUUCUGCAACUGAUGCUUCGUUAGCUGAAACAGGAUCUGAGUCUUGAUAUGUUUAUGGCCAAGUUCCUCAUUUUUGAAUGCUGGCAGUUUGUUUUUCUUGCUUAACUGGAAAACACUGACUUUCUAAGCGUUUGAUUCUCCUCA